AUGUCUCCUCAAGCAAACGGAGAUUCCAAGCCGUCUGCUUCAGACUUCUUGGCUCCAGCUAAGCAAGUUUUGGAUGCCACAAAGGCUCUCGAAAUCCUCAAGGAGUAUGAAUCUCGCGAUGGUCUCAGUAUCAAUGAUCUGAUCGAUUCCAAGAAGCACGGAGGUUUGACCUACAAUGAUUUCUUGGUUCUUCCAGGUUACAUUGGAUUUGCUGCUUCUGAGGUCGUUCUCGAUUCCCCAGUUACCAAGCGCAUCACCCUCAAGACCCCUUUCGUUUCUUCCCCUAUGGACACUGUCACUGAGCACGACAUGGCCAUUCACAUGGCUUUACAAGGUGGUCUCGGUGUUAUUCACCACAACUGCUCCGCCGAUGAGCAAGCCGAGAUGGUUCAAAAGGUUAAGAGAUACGAAAACGGUUUCAUCCUCGACCCAGUCGUACUUAGCCCACAGGCAACUGUUGGUGAAGUCAAGGAUUUGAAGGAGAAGUGGGGUUUCGGAGGUUACCCAGUCACAGAAACCGGAAAAUUGGGCUCCAAGCUUGUCGGUAUCGUUACCAACAGAGAUAUUCAAUUCGAAGAUGACAGCGCCUCCGUGUCAAGUGUUAUGGUUACAGAUUUGGUCACUGCUUCAUAUGGUACUGAAUUGGUUGAGGCCAAUGCCAUCCUCGCCAAAUCCAAGAAGGGAAAGCUUCCAAUUGUUGACAAGGACGGAAACCUCGUUUCUAUGAUCUCCCGAUCUGAUUUGAACAAGAACAUCCAUUACCCAUUGGCUUCCAAACUUCCAGAUUCCAAGCAAUUGAUCUGCGCUGCUGCUAUCGGUACCAGACCCGAAGAUAAAAUUCGUCUUCAAAAGUUGGUCGAUGCUCAAUUGGACAUUGUUAUCCUUGACAGCAGUCAAGGUAACAGCAUGUACCAAAUCGAGAUGGUUAAGUAUAUCAAGGAGAAAUACCCUGAUCUUGAUGUUAUCGGAGGUAACGUCGUUACUCGUGAGCAAGCUGCGUCAUUGAUUGCCGCUGGCGUUGAUGGUUUGAGAAUCGGAAUGGGUAGUGGAAGUGCUUGUAUCACUCAGGAGGUUAUGGCUGUUGGUAGACCACAAGCUGCUGCUGUCUAUAACGUUGCUUCAUUUGCUGCUCGUUUCGGUGUUCCAUGUAUGGCUGAUGGUGGUAUCCAAAAUGUUGGUCACAUUGUCAAGGGUCUUGCUCUUGGUGCUACUACCAUCAUGAUGGGUGGUCUCUUGGCCGGUACUACUGAAUCUCCAGGUACUUCUUUCGUCAGUCGCGAGGGUAAGCUUGUCAAGGCAUACCGCGGUAUGGGUUCCAUCGAUGCUAUGCAAGAUAAGAAGGCUGGCGCUGGUGCCAAGGACAGCCAAAAGAGCAACGCUGGAACCGCCAGAUACUUCUCUGAGGGUGACAGUGUUCUCGUUGCGCAGGGUGUAUCUGGUGCAGUCGCACACAGAGGUUCCGUCACCAAGUUUGUUCCAUAUCUCGCUGCAGGUUUGAAGCACUCUCUCCAAGACUGUGGACAAAUGAGUCUUCAAGCUCUUCACGAGGCUGUUGAGAACGGUACUACCCGUUUCGAAUUGAGAACUGCCAGUGCUCAACUUGAGGGUGGUGUCAACAUGGAGAGUUACGAGAAGAAGCUUUACGCAUGA